AGAAACCUAGAAGCUCAACCCAGCAACACCAUGGUCAGCUCCUGUUGUGGCUCCACCUGCUCUGGCCUGAGCUGUGGCUCUGGCUGCUGUGCUCCCUGCUGCUGCCGCCCUGCCUGCUGCCUUAGGCCAGCCUGCUGCCAGAGCACCUGCUGCAGGACCAACUGUUAUAGGCCCACCUGCAUUGUGUCCACCUGCUGCCACCCCAGCUGCUGUGGGUCCAGCUGCUGCCAGCCCUGCUGCCGCCCCAGCUGCUGUGGGUCCAGCUGCUGCCAGCCUUGCUGCCGCCCCAGCUGCUGUGUGACCAGCUGCUGCCAGCCUUGCUGCCGCCCCAGCUGCUGUGUGACCAGCUGCUGCCAGCCUUGCUGCCGCCCCAGCUGCUGCUGCCGCCCAACCUGCUGCAGACCAAGUUGCUGCCAGUCUGUGUGCUGCCAACCAACUUGCUGCCGCCCUUCCUGCUGUCAGUCUAGUUGCUGCCGCCCCAGCUGCUGUGUGUCCAGCUGCUGCCAGCCUUGCUGCCGCCCCACCUCCUGCCAGACCACUUGCUGCAGAACCACCUGCUGCCGCCCAGCCUGCUGUGACUCCCCUUGCUGCUGCUGAAAUUUUUGACUUGUUUGUAUUCAAAACAUGAAAACAAGCUUAUCACAUCCCUCUCCCUUAUGAAUCAGUGGAAUUAUACUCAUUAAUGCCAAUCAUCAGAAGAUGAGUCAUAAAAGACUAAUGUUUAUGAUCUACAUGGUCACCUUAGAGAUCAUUUUCUUCCCAAAUCUACCUAUUAACAAAGCAUACUUUUUCCUUGUCUUUUCACUCAGCAAUCAGAAGCAAUUAGUUAGAAGACUUCAUAGUUUUCUAUCUAAAAAUAACCCAUGGCAUCAUUAAGUCCUUCCUUGUGGAAUAAUCCUUGCUACCUGAUGGCUUCACUGUUAAAGCAUCCAAUGUGAGCCCAAUGAGUUUAGAACUCAAAGUAUUAUUUCCAUCCCACAUUUCUUCUCAUUUCUUCAUGUUAUAUUAUCUCUAUGUGUCUCAGUAAAUCUUCAGUUGUCAAGAAAUGAAAAACAUUGACAUCAGCUCAACAUUAUGUUGUGUUUUCAUGAAUAUUUUUCUGGUUUAUUGCCAUUUCUCUGUGCAUCCUUAAAUUUAGCUCUGUUUGCAAUAUU